GACAGUGCGGGAAAGUAGACGAACGAAGUCCACCGCCACUAUGGUACCUCUCGCGCAUGCCGCGACUUGCCUCGCGCUGUUGUUCCUGCAGUUCGACCAGGCCGUGGCGGAGGAAGAGAAUCCGAUCUCCAAGGUGAUGGAACUGUUGCAGGAGAUGAAGGUGCAGGUCGAGAAGGAGUACAAGGCGGAUGAGGAGGCCCACCAGAAGUACACCUGCUGGUGCAGCAGCAACCAGGGCGAGAAGACGGAGGCUGUUGCUGCCGCACAGGCGCGGGUCCAGGAGCUCGAGACCUUCAUCGAGGAGGCGGCCAGCAAGCAGGGCGAGCUGAAGACGCACAUCGGCGAGCUGCAGCAGCAGAUUGCCGAGGAUCAGGAGGCCCUGCAAGUGGCCACGAAGACAAAGGAGGAGGAGACAAGUGUCUUCAAAGCCCAGGCCAAGGAGACGAAGGAGGUCAUCGCCACUCUGGAGGACAGCCUCGCGCAGUUGCCUGGGUAA